UUAUCCACCUUCACCUACGCUCACUUCGUUUCACUCGCCUCCCAACAAUGCUGUUACUCCACGCGCCACCAUCACCUUUUCUGAGAACGUUGCUUCGUUACAACAAUCAUAAUCAUCACUCUUCUCGCGUUUUCUUCUUCUCAUUAUCUCACUUCACAAAGCCCUUUUCCAUUGCCACCCGUUUCUUCUCACGCUCUCGCUUGAGUUCACUUCUCCCGAUGGAUGGACAACGGCUCGCCGCCGGUGGCUCCUCACCGGAGCACUUUACCGGCGACUGGUACUCCGUGCCGGAACUCCGCCUGCGUGAUCACCGGUUCACGGUCCCUCUCGAUCACUCUCAGGGACCCUAUUCUUCUCCCAAGAUCACUGUUUUUGCCCGUGAAGUCGUCGCAGCUGGGAAAGAAGAGCAAAAGUUGCCAUACUUGUUAUAUUUGCAAGGUGGACCUGGGUUUGAAUGUCGGCAACCAACCGAAUCUAGUGGAUGGGUUCAAAAAGUUUGUGAAGAAUUCCGUCUCAUCUUAAUGGAUCAGCGAGGAACAGGCUUAUCAACUCCCUUGACUGUGUCAUCAAUGUUGCAAUUCAAGUCUGCUGAGGAGUUGGCUGACUUCUUAAAACAUUUUCGAGCUGAUAAUAUUGUGAAUGAUGCAGAAUUUAUUCGAGUUCGUCUUGUUCCAGAUGCUGGUCCUUGGACAAUUUUGGGGCAGAGCUAUGGUGGAUUUUGUGCAGUCACAUAUUUGAGUUUUGCACCACAAGGGCUGAAGCAAGCACUUAUAACUGGAGGAAUUCCUCCGAUUGGAGGUGGAUGUCCUGCUGAUUCAGUGUACAAAGCAGGCUUUAAGCAAGCUAUAAAUCAAAAUGAGAAGUACUACAAGAGAUUCCCUCAAGAUGUUAAAAUUGUUCAAGAACUUGUUAAUUAUUUAGCUGAACAAGAAGGAGGAGGAGUGGCCCUUCCAUCUGGGGGCUUCCUAACCCCAAGAGGGUUGCAGACUCUUGGUCUAUCUGGCUUAGGAUCCAGCGCAGGUUUUGAGAGCUUGCACUAUUUGUUUCAGAGAGUGUGGGAUCCUACUUUAGUUCCAGGGGCACCAAAGAAAAUAAGCUAUAACUUCCUAAGUUCUUUUGAGAAGUGGUUAUCUUUUGAUACCAAUCCACUCUAUGCCCUUAUGCAUGAAUCCAUCUAUUGUCAGGGUUCUGCUAGUAAAUGGUCUGCCAAUAGUAUAAGGAGUGAAGUUGAAGAUAGGUUUGAUGCAAUUAGAGCUGCCAAAGAAGGACUCCCUGUGCUUUUUACAGGAGAGAUGAUUUUCCCAUGGAUGUUUGAUGAGAUUCAUGCAUUGAAGCCAUUCAAAGAUGCAGCUCAUAUAUUGGCAGAGAAGAAAGACUGGCCCCCUCUAUAUGACGUUCAGGUUCUGAAUAACAAUAAGGUACCUGUUGCUGCAGCUGUUUACUAUGAAGACUUGUACGUGAGUUUUAAGUUGGCAAUGGAAACCGCUUCUCAAAUAGCAGGGAUUAGGCUAUGGAUAACUAAUGAAUUCAUGCAUUCUGGAUUACGUGAUGAUGGGAAUAAAGUUAUUGAUCAUUUGUUGGGAAUGCUAAAUGGAAAGAAACCUCUAUUUUGAUCAUCGUUACCAUUACAAGCAUGUUUGAAAACCUGUUGAGAAAUAAGAAAUGGAGCUAGGGAUGUGAAAGUUAUAAUUAUUAGCUUCUCCAAAAAUUUGAAAAACUGCAUCUAAUAUGGAAUCAAUGAUUCUAUACAUCU